AUGGCGCCCACUACGGAAUGAAAAAAAACUGCCAACUCUUCUUUCAAAUAACGAAUAAAAUAUUGCACGGAUUUUUUUUUAUUGCGGACUCAUCCAAACAGCUCUCACUAACGGAAUUAACCAAACUACCAACAGCUCUGUGUCCGAAAUAAGGAUGUUCACAACGUAAACAAAAGCGCUGCGCCUCGCCUCCAUACUUCAUCGAUUUAUCUGCGCUCUGCAUUCAGGCUGCUAAAAUGGCGAUGGAAGAAGUGUCGCCGUUGUGAUAAACCUAACUGAGAAAACAACGAACUCAACCAUGUCGCCUGCUGUGAAAGCGACGUCCUUGUGAUUAACCCAAACGAAAACAAGAAGACAUUUUACACACGUUUCACACGUGGAAAUACGGUGUUUAUGGAUGUGUGAAACCUCGCAUUCAGGAUGCCUAAACAACGUAAAGAUCAUCGAUCGGACGCGGCUCGUUUGCGCAUGCCCAAUCGAUUGCUCUGCAGCUCGUCACUCCUGGAACUAAAGAUGGCGCCUACUAUAGAAGAAGUGCCGCUGUUGUUAUCCGUGUAAAUGCGACAGAAACGAAGCCAAAUAGUGCGGUUUCGUGGCUUUGAAGGCUUGUGGCCAGCGGGGAGAUGUGUGAGAGCUAUGCGCGCUCGCUGAUGCGGGUGGCGGUGGCGCAGCUGUGCCAGGCGCUGGGCUGGGACGCGGUGCAGCUCUCCGCCUGCGAGCUGCUCUCCGACGUGCUGGAACGCUACCUGCAGCAGCUAGCCCGAGGCUGCCACCGCUACUCCGAGCUGUACGGGCGGACAGACCCUGGGCUGAGUGACCUUGAGCAGGCCUUUGGGCUGAUGGGGGUGAGCGUCGCGGAGCUUGAAGACUACAUUAACAACUUGGAGCCAGUGGGGUUCUUCCACUCCAUCCCCCAGUUCCCCAUCAGCAAGAGCAGCGUGCUGCAGUUCCCCACCUCCAGCUUCGACACAGAUGUCCGCAACGCCCUGCGUGGAGACAAGAGGGACUACAUCCCAGAAUACCUCCCUCCCCUCGCCCCACUACACCAAGAUGAAGAGGAGGAGGAGCAGGUCCCUGCAGACAUGGGCACGUCGGCCGAGGCCAUGCAGGUGUCUCUUGGCGAGGAAGAGGAGGGUGAGGAUGAAGAAAACGAUGAGAACUGGCUUGGCCCACGUGUGUCAGAUAGCCCCAGACCCGAAGGUCUUUUACCUGCUGCGAAGCGACCACGCCUGGGAACCAAACCAGGAAGCAGCCCCGAAUGGAGCUUUGAGCCUCGCGAACCUCUUAGUUCACUCAACGCCCAGCACAUGGCACGCUCCCCUUCCCCUUCACUGCCCCUCGAAAUGGUUCGUCCCUCUCCGUUGACUCCAACUCCAGGGCAAAAACCCAAAGUCUCCUCCCUUUCUCCUGCUCGCCAGAAGAAUAAAUCACCCAAAAGAGUGAUUGGUGCCACCCCUUCUGCCAUAUCUGCCCGUCCUUCUUCAGUAACACCACCCAAAAGUGCGCAGAAGGCAGGGAAAAGGUCGCCUGGGAGACCCCGAAGCCCUCGUAGCCCUCGGCCAGGGCCCACGCAGUUAGGACGUGGGUGGUUGAUCCCUAACACAGAUGAGGUUUCGCAGGACGGCGAGCUCAAAGACGAGGCCAUUGAGGACUCCAUUGCAGCGGUUAUAGCCAGGGCGUGUGCAGGCGGAGUGGGUGUGGCCGACCCGUUCGCAUAUGACUCGGACUCAGACAGCGAGGGGUUUCCAAAGAGCCCGCCCAAACAUAUGCCCAAACACACACUCCCCCAACCAAAACUCACACCUGUCCUUGGUGUAAAACACCCACCCUUGAUGACGCCAACGUUGCUCUCAGCCGGCCCAAACCGCUGGACCAUGGAUGACUCCAUAGAUGAGGUCAUCCGAAAGGCCAACCAGGGACAGGGUCUGCCUUGUCAAUCACCACCAGAGCCCCCCUACUUCUCCACCCCGUCCGACUCUCCGCCCACCCCGCCACCUCCAACUCUCAACCCCCCACAGGAGCGAAAAGAUCCCGUGGCCUCGUCUCUCCUAAAGAAAAAACUCAAAAAAGAUAUCAAAACUAAGCUGAAAAAGAAGGACCGAGAGCGGCUAAAGGAGAAGGGAAAAGACAAAAGCAAGAAUAAAGAGAAAAACAAGGAGAAGAAGAGAGAGAAGGAUCGAGGCCAGGGGGAGGACGGAAAGACUCCUUGGACAGAGUUAUCGCUCGGAACAGAGGAGAGGAGAGACGGUGCUGGAGGGAAGAAGGAGAAGGACAAGCACAAGGACAAGAAGAAAGAUAAAGAGAAGAGCAAGAAGGACAAAGAGAAACGAGACAAGGGCAAGGAGAGAGGUGGGAAGGAGGAGAAGAGGCUGUCGCUUGCAGCCAAGGAAAGUGCCUCUGCUUCACUACCUCUCUUCAGCCCUUCUUCCUGCCUGCGUGUCCCCUCGAUGCUUCCCCCACUGCAACCCAUCCUCCCUGAAACACUGUUCCACCCCAAAGAGACCAAGAGCAAGGAGAAGGACAAGAAGAAAGACAAAAAGGAGAAAAAGAAGAAGAAAGACAAGGAGAAGGAACGAGACAAGGACAGGGAGCGGGAGAGGCCCAGGGAGAAGGAGGAGAAGAAGAAGGAGAAAGAGAAAGAGAAGAAAGAAAAAGUCAAAGAAAAAGAGAAGCCCAAAGUGGAGAAGCCUGGUUUAAUGGUUGAAGCCCCCGUGGUUCCUCAGUCUCCCGUCAUACCCAGACUAAAGCUGAAAGUUGGAGCCGGACAGGACAAAAUCGUCAUCAGUAAGGUAACCCCUGACCUGGAACCUACUCCACCACCUCCUCGGACGCCGGUGUCGCGCUCCGGUCCCGGUGCUCGGAUGCGUUCUCCUCCUGCCCUUCCUCCCCCUGUCCCACCUCCAGUCGUCCCCGCACCUCUCCCACCACCUGUGUUGGUGCCACCUCCUCCGCCUCCGGUGUUUCAGGCCCCAGCCAGCCAGGCUAAAGCUCGUGGCUGCAGCGUCGUCACGGAGACGGUCAGCGCUUACGUGAUUCGUGACGAGUGGGGUAAUAAGAUCUGGAUCUGCCCUGGCUGUAAUAAACCUGAUGAUGGCAGUCCCAUGAUCGGCUGUGAUGAGUGCGAUGACUGGUAUCACUGGCCCUGUGUAGGAAUCAUAGCUGCUCCCCCAGAGGAUCAGCCCUGGUACUGUGUGAAGUGUUCUGGCAAGAAAAAAGACAAAAAAACAAAAAAGAGGAAACGUAAAGCGCACUGAUCGUCUCACUCUCGUGCUCUCUCUCCUUGCCUUUCUGUUCACAUCACGCUUUAUUUCAGUUCCAUCUCUCUCCCUCCUGUGGUCUCGAUUUGGACGUUUUUCCUCCUCUCUUCCUUUUAAUCAAAGUCUCUGUAGUCAUUUAUGUAUUUUUUAAAAUGAAAUUUUCAAAAAGGCUAUAUGUUAAUUUUUUUAUGUCAAUCACCCUAUGAUACGUGUAUUUGAUCUUUGUACGGAAGCCAACGACUAUUCAGUAGGUGUGUGUGUGUGUGUGUGUGUGUGUGUGUGUGCGCGCGUUGAGGUUAUACAUCCUCAUCCAAGUUUGUUCAGCCGUGCGCUGACUCAUCGGGAUCACAUCACUGAAAAAAGGAAGACAAAAAAAAUACGUCUGUACAUUAGUCAGCCUUUUUAAAUAUUGUUCUGAUUUAUUUAGACUGGAAGUGCAGUUUCCUUUUAUUAUGGAUUCAAUUAAAAGCUGUUUUUUCCACA